GCCCUCCUGGACUCUGUGGUUGCCUCUUCCCCCGAAUGGAACAGAUAGCCGUCACCAACAUCCUCGAGGCAAAUUGGUGGUCACACAAAGGUGUGCCUAUGGGUUCCUUAGGAGAGAGGAUGACGAGGACAGGUGUGUCAACUGAUCAGCUGAAGCUGCAGCUCCAUUCACAGUAUGCCCCACCAGUCGACAGACUGGCCAAGGGUUCUAGUCUCUCUGGUCUUUCUAAAACCAGAGACAAACUAAUCCAAACCCCCAACCAUCCAGCAGCAACACGGGCGGCAGGUUGUCGGGCUACGCUGGUGCAGAGGCUGAGCGGCAGUUCUGGGAGCUAUGCUGCUUGGGGAACGUGCAAGAUGUCACGGUCGAGCAGGCCGAUUUUAUGGAACCAGAGUCGACUGGGCAUCGCAGUUGGGACAGAUGGGACAGAUGGGACAGUCACUGUGCUGUGCCGGCUCUGGCGCUGCUUCCAGGACUCUAUGGCUAUGGGUUGUACGCUAAGACUCCGAUCCGUUGAGCGGUCACUGGAAAAGGCGCACUGCAGACAACCAGGAGGAGGUCAACGGUUAACAUCACCGCAUCACCUUAGCUUUGGUCGUUCGCAGCAGAGGCCAGGGUGCAGGGGCUUGAAACAAGGCAGUCAAUCAGGCUUCAUGCGGUGGGAAGAGACGCACAAAGCAGUGGCAAUGACACCAUUCUCCACCUCCAGCUCAACGCCAACAACAGCAGCUGCAGCUGAAGGACUUCGAGGACUAGGAGGAGGAGGAGGAGUAACAGGAGUAGAAAUAACAUCCAGACUCGUGGGUGUGACUUGCGUUCAACCAAGAAGAUCAGUAUGUUGGGUGCUGGGUUCCAUUCGUAAUGGCACAGUGCAUGUCAAAGGUUCCACCACCCUAACCACCAGAGAAGGUGUGGCAUUUAAGGCUGGCUCUGUUCUCGGUCCAGAACAAAACCCUGCGGUAGAUGGUACAUUGCAACUGGAUGGCAGUCCUCUGUGCUCUCCAGGGAAUCGGAAGGUCGCAAGUUCGGUUCCUUCGUUUCAAGCUUCGUGUGAAGCGCUCAUAAACCCCAGCCGCCAAGGUCCACAUGGGGUUAAUCAAGGUUAUAACCCCGGGAAGCAUAUUGACCGUCAUAUGGUUGAUCCACGUGAGAGUGUCUGGGUUGAGAAGGUGUUUGAUCAUGCUUCUCUAGGCCGAACCAAGGAGGACUUAAGUAUUGCUGCUGUGCGGGAGGAUUCAUGUUGUGUCGGGAUCGAUACAGGUCAUGCUCCAGAGAGAAAAAAACUAAGGAAAGGACACCGUUCUUGGACCGCUGGUGGUGUUGGGCACGAAGGGCGAUCAUCAAUACAUGGAUGUUGUGUCGGGAUCGAUACAGGUCAUGCUCCAGAGAGAAAAAAACUAAGGAAAGGACACCGUUCUUGGACCGCUGGUGGUGUUGGGCACGAAGGGCGAUCAUCAAUACAUGGAUCAAUAAGGCAGACUCUGCAAAAAUAUGGUCAAGGGGGCUCAGGUUUGGGCGGUCACGGCCAUGAUGAUAGUGAUGGUGAUGGCAAAGGCAGAGGGUCAAAAAUACCUAUUAAUAGACUAAGCCUCAAGAUUGACCACGACAGAUCGAUCCUCGUAGAGACAGGAGACAUAGGGAGGCAAGCGAGCGGUGCUGUGACCGUUAGGGAGGGGGAAACGGUGUUGUACGCGACGGCAUGUGUCUCUAAGGAGCCCCAGAAGUCCUCGAAGGCCGCGCCAUUGAAUGUGAGUUAUCAGGAGCGAUUCAGCGCAGUGGGGAAGACAGUAGCUGGACUCAUCAAGAGGGAGGGAAGGGUGAGGGAUCAUGAAGUUCUCACAAGCCGCCUGAUAGACAGGUCCAUCCGACCGUUGAUGCCAGAAGGCUUCUCUCACGAGACCCAGAUUCUGACCUGGGUCCUAAGCUAUGAUGGAAGACAUAGCCCUGCACCCCUGGCAAUAACUGCAGCAGGAGCAGCAUUGGCCAUAUCUGCCAUUCCAAUCUCCAAGCCGCUCGCAGGUGUGAGGGUAGGGAUGACAGCUGAUCGCAGUCGAUUGAUUGUCAAUCCGACGGCAGAUGAGAUGGCCACCUCGGAGCUGGACCUCGUUGUAGCUGGAACGUCCAAUGCUGUGCUGAUGAUCGAGGGCUACUGUAACUUCCUCACGGACGAGGAGGUGUUGAAUGCCGUGGAGACUGGCUAUGGCGCUGUGUCGUCGAUCUGCAGGCAACUGCAGCUAUGGGCGGAAGAAGUACGAACACCAAAGAUGAUGGUCACUGCUCCUGCGAGUCGUGGCUCGCAUGAGGCCACGGGCAAGGAUUCGCCAACGACUCUGGAAGAUCUGGUUAUGAGCGUGGCAGGGGACGAACUUACGCAAGCACUCUUUGCAAAGGGACCGAAGAAGGAGCGCAAUGCGGCUGUGAAGCAGGUUGAAGAGAAGUUUGCUCAGCGGAUAAUGUCCUUACUUCAGGGGAAGGAAAGAGGAGGAGGAGGAAGAAAAGGAGGAGCGAAACUUCGUAGGCAAUCGAGGCGAUCCAAGGGAGGAGAACGUCCAGACCAUCCAGCUGAACUGCGGCAGCCUUUCAAACAACAACGUGCCAAAUCUAGGCAUAGGAAGCAGAAAGUGAAAAAGGCCGGGACGUUCGCUAACAGCGAGCACAAUCAUGACAGAUGCAAUAACUCGAAAGAGGAGGAAAAUGGAGGAAAGCGGAAGCACAAGCGCAAGAAGAAGAGAAAGAGGACGAGUGGGUAUAAAGGCGAGAAGGAAGGUCAACAUUCAGAGAAAACGCAGAGUGCAAAUGGCAGGUUGACUUCGCAGCAAGGGCUAGGGUCAUCACCAACGUCAACCUCCACCAAAAAUGAGGGGGUAGGUUGGAGAGGGGUGGAGGCUUGUGGGCCUAAGGGACCACAAAGCCAGUUAGACAUGGAAGCAGCAGGAAAGGGAGAGUGUAACACGAGUGGUGAUAUAUGUCAAGACAGUGGUAGCGAUACUGCUAGAAGAAGGAGAAAGAGAAAACGACGAGGCGGACGUCGUAGAAGUCCUCCACAGAGUAGUAGUAGUAGUAGUAGUAGGAAAAGUGACUGCCGAACCUUAGAAGAAGAGUCGGGUGUUGGCUCCUCCUCCAGUUCGUGUAGCCGUCAGGAUGUUAAGAAAGCAUUCAAAACAAUAUCCUCACGAAUACUGAGGAGCAGUAUCGUGAACGAUGGUACCCGUUGCGAUGGCAGGGGACCAAAGGACGUCCGACCGAUCUCUUGUCGUUGCAGCCUCCUCCCACGUACGCAUGGGAGUGCAUUGUUCACCCGGGGGGAGACGCAAGCACUAGCCGUAGCAACAUUGGGUGGCGAGGAUGUGGUGGAGAGAGUCCACACUAUCAAUGGGGAAGAGCGAAGGAGGUUCUACCUGCAAUACUUCUUCCCCCCCUCUUGUGUAGGAGAGGCUGGUCGUGUAGGACCACCAGGCAGGCGAGAGAUUGGCCACGGUGCACUUGCUCAGCGAGCUCUGGACCCGAUCAUACCCUCUUACCAAGAUUUCCCCUAUGCCAUGAGACUAGAGAGCAUGAUAACGGAAAGCAAUGGCUCCUCUAGCAUGGCAUCAGUCUGUGCGGGUUGUCUUGCUCUCCUGGAUGCAGGGGUGCCGAUCAGGAAAAUGGUUGCUGGGGUAGCCAUGGGUCUUAUUCUGGGACCGGGAAAACGCAAGGGUUCCCCAGAUAAACCCCUUAUCUUGACAGAUAUCCUGGGGAUAGAGGAUGCACUAGGGGACAUGGACUUCAAAGUUGCCGGAGAUGAGAAUGGGGUGACUGCCUUUCAGAUGGACAUCAAGGUGGAGGGCAUUACCAUCCAUGUGAUGAGAUUGGCACUGAUGCAAGCCAGAGAAGCUCGAUGCGCCGUGCUGGAGCAGAUGAGAAAUAUGUGCAACCCCCCCCCUAGAAAGUCCCUUUCGAGAUACGCGCCCCACAUUGGGGUCAUGACCAUUGACCCAUCCAAAGUCGCUGCAGUUAUCGGGCCAGGUGGAAAGACUGUCAAGCGGAUCAUCGCCCUUUGUGAUGUGGAAUCCAUUGACGUGGAGGGGGAUGGGUCUGUGCGUAUUGUUUCAUCGACGGAAGCUGCCUUGCAGCACGCCAAGGAAGAAAUCCGUCGAUUGGUUUGUCUUUGACUUUGACGUUGAGUUGUACACAUCGAUGGCCUGCAACAGAAAAAUUCAAGACAUAAAAGUCCAGUUCAAGGAAAGACUAACUCAAAAUUUUUCAAUCUAAUUUAAAAACUUUCAGUUUAUCAAGAGGUUUUCUUUUUUUUUCUUUUGCGCAGGGGCCAUGCUAAUCUUCUUUAUAUCGUUCCAGGUUUACUGGAUGUCACGAAGGACUAUCAAGAGGUUUUCAGUUUAUGGUGACAAUUUUUCUCUCAAAAUAAAUUGAAAAGUAUUCU